AGGAACAUACUCUUCGUGCGACGGAAGCAAGCAAGCAAGCACGCAGUGCGGAAGUACACGCGCACCAGCAGCGAGAGCAUCCAAAUAGUAAAAUAGAGGGCGCAGCGCAGCACCUACUUCGGCAUCUACGAGAGACGAUGCGCAUUUCCCAUGGCCGGUCAGUGACCACCCGACAUCGGUAGCCACGGGCCAGAAGUACGUCGUCACGAGAAAUUCACUCCGGGGCACAUUUUGUAAAUGUCUGGACACGGAAGUCGGCGCGACUCACAUGUGGACCGCGGGUCACUGAAUAUUCCCCCGGUUUAGAUCGUAACGGAUCCGCGCCCGAAUAUGCCCGCAGCAUCUGGUGGGAUAUGCAGGGAUCUGCAGAAGGCUCCGAGACUUCACGUUAUGGAUGGUGGCGCUCGCCGUCCUCUGCAUGAGAGUCUUAUUUCAGACCCCCCGCGACGGCCAAUACCAAUCCAUGCCCCGCUCACAUUCACAUUCAGCAGCAGUUUACCGCUUCCUGUUCCGACCGCUUCAGGCCCCCAUUGCAUGGCCUGAGCAGAGGAGACGAGCGCUAGCCUAGACUGUCAGAAGCUGAAGAUGGUGGUGUAGCUGGUAAGUAGCUCAGCUGAGAGUGAGUGAGUUAAGUAAGAAAGCCUCGUUAGCGCUUCAGUGGGGUCUCAGAGAUUUCUUGGUGGGGGUGGAUUUGAG